AUGGCUCAAAAAGCCGCCAAAUCCCUCGCCGUUCGCAACACCUCUCGCCUCAAGCAAACCCAUCUCACCACACUCGCAAUCCAUGGCCUCUUUCUCCUGCUGCACUUCACUCUUCCCACCUCCCUAUCCCUGAAGCGCUACGCGUUGCUUUCUGCCCCGGGUCUCGCCAUAGAAUUCUACCUAGAACGGCUGGCCCGACCGAGCUAUAACCCUGAUGGUUCCCUCCGCCGAGCGGGGGAUGAUCUCGAUGCUAAAGGAUUGACCGAGUUCAUGUGGGAUAUCCUCUACUGGACGUGGAUCAAUUUAAUCCUUGUUAUGGUGUUUGGUGAUCGAGCUUGGUGGCUGUACCUCGUGGUGCCCGGCUAUGCAAUCUUCGCCGCGGUGACCACGGCUAGUGGUUUAAAGGGUAUGCUUGGUGGUAUGGCCGGUGCAGGAGGGGCGCCUGGUGCACAAAGCAAGAGACAAACGAAGAUGGAAAAGAGAGGAGGCCAACGUGGCGCAUACCGGUGA